GUCCCCAGGGUGACUCAAGUGAAAGUUGGUUUUUGCUCAAGCAGGUGCCGGAAGAUCCAGACUGUGGGUAGCGGUCGCUCUUUAUGGGGGCUUGGGACUUCUGCCAGCUUGCCGAUUAGCUGGUGAGGCGCCAAAACGGACUCUGGAAGGUCACUAUGUGGGCCUUCCCGGAGCUGCCGAUGCCAAUGCCCCUGCUGGUGAAUUUGAUCGGCUCGCUUUUGGGAUUUGUGGCCACCCUCACCCUCAUCCCCGCCUUCCGUAGCCACUUCAUCGCCGCGCGCCUCUGUGGCCAGGACCUCAACAAAUCUGACCGGCAAGAGAUCCCAGAAUCCCAGGGAGUGAUCAGUGGUGCUGUUUUCCUUAUCAUCCUCUUCUGCUUCAUCCCUUUCCCUUUCUUGAACUGCUUUGUGGAGGAGCAAUGUAAAGCCUUCCCUCACCAUGAAUUUGUGGCCCUAAUAGGUGCCCUCCUCGCCAUCUGCUGCAUGAUAUUCCUGGGGUUCGCGGAUGAUGUACUGAACCUGCGCUGGCGACAUAAACUGCUGCUGCCCACAGCUGCCUCACUACCUCUCCUUAUGGUCUAUUUCACCAAUUUUGGCAACACAACCAUUGUGGUACCCAAGCCUUUCCGUCUGCUUCUUGGCCUACAUCUGGACUUGGGGAUCCUGUACUAUGUCUACAUGGGGCUGCUGGCAGUGUUCUGUACCAAUGCCAUCAAUAUCCUAGCAGGAAUUAAUGGCCUAGAGGCUGGCCAGUCACUGGUCAUUUCUGCUUCCAUCAUUGUCUUCAACCUGGUGGAGCUAGGAGGUGAUUAUCGGGAUGAUCAUGUCUUUUCCCUCUACUUCAUGAUACCAUUUUUUUUUACCACCUUAGGAUUGCUCUACCAUAACUGGUACCCAUCACGGGUGUUUGUGGGAGAUACCUUCUGUUACUUUGCUGGCAUGACCUUUGCCGUGGUGGGCAUCUUGGGACACUUCAGCAAGACCAUGCUACUCUUCUUCAUGCCCCAGGUGUUCAACUUCCUCUACUCACUGCCUCAACUCCUACAUAUCAUACCCUGCCCUCGACACCGCAUGCCCAGACUCAAUACCAGGACAGGCAAACUGGAGAUGAGCUAUUCCAAGUUCAAGACCAAGAACCUCUCUUUCUUGGGCACCUUUAUUCUAAAGGUAGCAGAAUGCCUCCAGCUUGUGACCGUGCGCCAGGGUGAAGCCGAGGAUGGUGCCUUUACCGAGUGUAAUAACAUGACCCUCAUCAACUUGCUGCUAAAAGUCUUUGGGCCUAUGCAUGAGAGAAACCUCACACUGUUCCUGCUGCUGCUACAGAUCUUGGGCAGUGCCCUCACCUUCUCCAUUCGGUAUCAGCUUGUCCGACUCUUCUAUGAUGUCUGAGUUCCCUGAUCACUGGCCUUACUUCACAGUCUUCAGGGUUUCUGACUCAUGCCAACCUCUUUCUGGACCAAGACUGCCUCCUCUCCAGGCCUCCUCCCACCCUUCAUUCUCCUCCAGAUUUUGUUCUCAUCAAUUCUUUUCACCUGUGUAUUGGCAUCCUGG